ACCAAACAAAUUUUAUUUCCCUCCCCCGGCUGUGGCCCCACCACCUCCCCUCGUUUCCGUUAAAUCUCAAUUCUAUAAAGCGUCCAUGCUUGUAAAUCCACAAACCUCUCUCUAUCUCUCUACAGAAAAUGAAAGUUCAAGAGAGAGAAUACGAAUAUAGUGCGAAAGUAGAGAGAGAUUGAGGGCUGGCAGAUGUUAUUCGGGCGGCUUGGGUUAGAGAGAGAAAGUGAGGAUCAACGAGCAGUGGAUAAUUGCAAUCGUUACUCUGUUUAUAACGAACUCCUUCUGACAAGGAAGAGACACGGGCCUUUGCAUCAAUCCCUCAGUAUAAGCCAGUUUAUGCGUAAAAUUUUGAAACCAUGGCAGAGGGUCGAUUGUAUCUGAUAUCUCGCAAACUGCCAAGUUCGUAGUAUGAGAGCGGUAGAUGACAACGCAUUCUGUGUGAAAUGGAAAAUGGCUGUUGGAAAGAUUGGGAAGGUGUGUUACUCAAGAAGUUAUCCGAACCUUUGGAUGUGAUUGGGACAGAGGAAAUAAUGCAGAGUCUUCAUGAUCUUUCGCUCUCUGAAGCUGAACAAUUAGAUAAUGAGCAUCGCAGUGGAGAUCAGUCUGAUGCGAGUUCGCUUAUCCCCCAAAUUGGCCGCGACAACUCGAUUAAUUGUCUACUCCGUUGCUCAAGGUCGGAUUAUGGCUUGAUUGCCUCAUUAAAUCAAAGUUUUCGCUCUAUAAUUCGAAGUGGGGAGCUAUAUAGGUUGAGGCGACAGAUGGGUAUUACGGAACAUUGGGUUUACUUCUCUUGCAGCCUUCUUGAAUGGGAGGCUUUUGAUCCUAUUCGCCGUCGAUGGAUGCAUUUGCCUAGAAUGACUUCAAACGAUUGUUUCAUGUGGUCGGACAAGGAAUCCUUGGCCGUUGGUACCGAACUCCUUGUAUUUGGAAAGGAGAUUAUGUCUCAUGUAAUUUACAAAUAUAGCAUAUCAACAAACUCUUGGUCUUUGGGUUCAGAGAUGAAUGAACCCAGAUGCUUGUUUGCAUCUGCAAGCCUUGGGGAAAUUGCAAUUGUUGCGGGAGGUUGUGAUCCACAAGGAAACAUAUUGAGUACCGCAGAGGUGUAUAACUCAGAUAGUGGUAUGUGGGUGACCCUUCCCAACAUGAUCAAAGCGAGGAAAAUGUGUUCUGGGGCCUUUAUUGAUGAGAAGUUUUAUGUUAUUGGGGGUAUUGGAGUAGGCAACCCAAACUUGCUUACAUGUGGAGAGGUUUAUGAUUUGAAAGCAAACACAUGGCGCGAAAUUCCUGACAUGUUCCCUGCGCUUAACAAUGAGGGUGGGGGAAUUGAUGCACCUGCUACUUCCAACGCACCUCCUUUGCUUGCAGUUGUGAAAAAUGAGCUAUAUGUAGCUUAUCAUGCGGAAAAGGAAGUGAGGAAAUAUGUCAAAGAGAGGAACCUCUGGGUUACAGUGGGGGGAUUGCCUGAACGGGCAGUCUCCAUGAACGGUUGGGGGCUAGCGUUUAGGGCAUGUGGGGACCAGCUUAUUGUCAUUGGUGGACCUAGGGCUUUAGGGGGAGGAAUCAUAGAAGUUAAUUCUUGGAUUCCGGAUGAAGGCCCACCACAGUGGAGCUUAUUGGCGCGCAAGCAUUUGGGAAGUUUUGUGUACAAUUGUGCCGUGAUGGGUUGCUGAAGUCUCUGAUUUUUCUGACACUCUGUGCACUAACAGUCUUUCUGGAUGGAAUUUACAGCCUUUCUUUCUGAAGGAGAUGGAGUUCUGAGAGAAAGACUGCUAUUUUCCUUCUCCUAUUUUACUCGAGCUUCAUAAAUGUUUUCUUGGAGGAGGUUUGGAGAUUCUUUUCUUUCUUGUAAAUCUAUUUUUCUUAUAGAUAUGCAUCUCCACCCAUUUGUAGCUUUCAUGGUAGUUUAUUUAAAAAGUUGGCAUCAUGUAGUAGGACAAGCAUAGACUAAAAGUCGAACUACCACUACAUUUUGUUCCAAGGAUGAAAGUGGCCUGUUUCACUAAAUUUCUCUCAUCUAGUGGCUUAUGUACCCUUUCAUAAAAGUUAAUAGGGUUUUGGACCAUUUCGCUAUACAUGCUAUUGCAUCUUCACUA